CGCCACCACCGUCUCAAAGAUGCCCGGGUAUAGUGUCCCCUACGUCCACAGCGGUGACCCGGGCUAUGCCCCGCCAGUACUCCGCGCGCCGUCUCCAACGGACUCGAUCGGCACAGACUAUGGUCCUGACGAGACGACCCCUGAUGAAGAGCGUCUUUCCGAUGCCGAAUUCGCCAAAAUCUGCCAACAGCGCCUUCGCUUAGGAGACAUGCGCCGAGAAGAGAGGGAGGCUGAGGCUGAUCCUUUGCUGCAGAAACCGAAAAAUCCGGAUGAAGAACGGCGUGCGUCAGCUAUAGCCUGGCUCCUUGUUGUCAUGCCUUAACACUUUACUUAGGCUUGUAUCAGAAAGUUUUGUAUGACCUUAGGAUGCAAGUCAGAUGCUUGCAGGAGGAUCAUCUUUUUGAGCAGACGCUUCUGCGCAGUUCCGUCGUUGCAGAUGAACGACAACCGAUGUCCAACAAUAUAGACGCUAUUCUCCAGAGUAUGAUGGGCCCGUCUACGAACUCCGCUGCUCAGACUCCCAUCACUCCUGCACAUACCCCUCUGCCUGCCCAUGACGACUUCCUGUCUCCGAAGAUGAUGCCAAACUUCCCCGACUUCCCCUCUCCCAGUGUUACCGAUACCUCUAUGACGUUCCCCGAGCCCACCUCUGCCAUGAUGCCUCAGUCGAGCAGCACCCCUGCGAUCGGUAGAAGAGUGACCAGAAACAUGACACGGACUGGGCAUCGCUGACUUCCAGAUUUUGUUCACUCUCUGUCUUGCUCUUAUCCUGUAAUGCCCCACUAUAUGCUGCAUCUCUCACAAGCUCGAGGCAUCUGUGCUGCUUUCUCUCAGCUCAGUUGCUUGAGCACUACCGCGUAGAUGUGGUGUUGAAAAGCUGCUCUAAGCAUAGAGCCUUGCCCUUCCCUCCGGUUAGUGGCCAACCCCUCGGUAUGCGAGCUGAGCUGCGAAGUUGGGACACGUCUCUACGGCUUGCGACUCCGACAUUAUUGACACUUGCCGUUUCUGCAGGCAUGGAUGAGCAUCGUUGAAGCUUCAGUAUCGUUGCCGGACACCUCAACGCAAGAUUUCUCUCCACCGAAUGACGG